AUGGCCAAAGACGACGCCUCCGCUGCCAUGCCGGCUGUGCCUAAUUUGGAGUUGGCGAACCACAUCUUUGUUUUGCGAAAUGCCCGCCUGAAGGAUAUGCACGAAGCGUCGCGCAAGGCGCUCAUGGACUCUAUCAAGAGCGAGAGCCAAGCGCCACUGCUCAAGUACCUCAAGGACGAGCAGUUGGUGGACUGGGACGAGAAGCUCUACAGCCAGCUUGCGGCAGUGAACGAGGAGCGGGUUGCAGAGCUGGAAAAGAAAAUUGCCGACGCCAAAGAGUCCGAAGACGAGCUGGCGAUUAUUGAGAGCACUCUGGCUCUUGGUAUGUACUAUACGGGAAUCUGCGAUCGCGAAAAGGCUAUUUCGACGUUGCGAGAGACGUUCUCUUUGACCGCAGCUGCAGGAUCCAAGAUUGAUAUCCACCUCACGAUCAUUCGCAUCAACCUUUUUUUCAACGACAAGGCAGCCACCGCAAAGGAAUUGGAGGCUGCCCAGGUUGAAAUCGAAAAGGGCGGUGACUGGGAGCGCAAAAACAGGUAUAAAACUUACAAAGGCGUCUACCUCAUGUCUAUUCGUCAGUUCACGGAAGCUGCAGACCUUCUUAUCGACAGUUUCGCCACAUUCACCUCUACCGAGUUGACUAGCUACGAAAACGUUGUGUGCUGGGGCAUAGUCUGCGGAGCGCUGGCGCUAUCGCGUGUUGAUUUGAAAAAGCGCAUUGUCGAUUCUCCGGAGAUCCUGUCGUUGGCCCCCACCACUCCACAGCUCGAGCCGUUGACCAUGUUGACGAACUCACUUUACACCGGUGAGUACGCAACAUUUUUGGAGGCUCUGGCAAAGGUAGAGACGCAAAUCAUGCACCCUUCCAUGUAUCUUGCUCCGCACGCUGGCUAUUUUGUCCGAGAGAUGCGUUGCAAGGCCUAUGCGCAGCUUUUGGAGUCGUACCUCACUCUGAAUAUCAAAAGCAUGGCCAAUACCUUUGGCGUCAGCGUUGAUUUCCUGGACGCCGAUCUUUCGCGGCUGGUUCCGCAGAAAAAACUCAAUUGUGUGGUCGACAAGGUCCACGGCGUGAUUAUCACCAACCGUCCUGAUUCGAAAAAUGCUCAGUACCAGCAGCUCAUCAAGCAAGGCGAUGCACUGCUCACCAAGCUCCAAAAAUAUGGUGCUGCGGUCCGCCUUUAUGGUGCUGAUCAGCAGUAUUAA